ACUGUGAAGCGUAAACAGCGAGUCCUACAAUUUGGACCCUCGUAUUAUACUUGUCUUCUGUGCAGGCCAACACAGGGAGCGAAUUCGGAUAAAAAUGUUUCCAGAUAACAUCUGUCAAGUACUGCUUCUAGUGGCUGUAGUGGUGGGGUCAAGCCACAGUCAGCAGCACUACUGCUCGUAUCCUAGUAGUACCGAGCUGGAGAGUGUGAUUGCCGCCAUCAUCGCCUCAGGAGAUGCUGCAGCUAAACCCACGAUAACUCUGCUGGAUUUCAAUCCCGUCUGUCGUUCAUUCACUGACCGACAAGACCUCCUACGUGGAGUGUCAGUCGUGGUGCAGUACACUUGCUCUGGUCACUCCAACUGCCGAUCAGGAACUGUAGUGGAGCAGAUUGAGUCUGGUUGUGAAAGUGGAAAGUGGAGCAUUAGAGUAGAAGGCUCUACUUCUUUCACUCGUUCAGAAUCCACUGAAGCCAGUCUUUCUACCACUGCCAGAGAAGACUGUUCAGCUUGUGUGUCUCCAGAACUAGCAAGCAGUCUGGGUGUCACGACUGAUAGCGUAACUCACUGUGUAGCCUGUAACUCAACAUGUGAUCAAGGUCUCAUGAGAUGCUUUGGAUUUGGUGCCAGUGACUGCUGCAACUUCUACAACAACUCAGUGUGUGUGGAGCAGUGUCCCAGUCCUUUCAUGUCCAACUCUGACAGUAUAUGUGUCUGUCCAGAGGGGACUACUGGCCACAACUGCGAAGAUGAUGUUGACUGUGGUAGUCUUACAGACCCAGUGAAUGGAGCAGUUACUGUGACUAAUACAACAUUCAACUCAACAGCCACUUACUCCUGCAAUGAUGGCUACAGUCUAGUGGGAGAUACCACCAGAACAUGUGAGGCAAGUGGUCUCUGGUCUGGGGAACCAAAAUUAUGCUGUACAACAAACUGUAUUGAUUGUGACGUGGACGGUUGCAAAGUAUGCGGAGCAGAUUACAAGCUUGAGAAUGGAGUUUGCAAGUGUGUUGUUACUGGUUGCAGCAGUUGCGAAAGUGACUCCAGCAAGUGUGAUACAUGUGAAGAAGGGCGGAGACUGGACGAUGAUAAGUCAGCCUGCUCAGAAUGCGCAGUUACUGGUUGCAGUAAUUGUGACAGUGAUGUCAGCAAGUGUGACACAUGUGAGGAAGGACGACUGAGCGAUGAGAAAUCAGCCUGUAUCACCGGAAAUGAUGGUGGCAGUGAAAAUGAUGAUGAUAAUGGUCUCUCUAUUGGAGCCAUCAUUGGUAUUGUGAUUGCUUGCAUCGUUGCUGUCGUUGUUAUUGUCGUGGUUGUUAUAGCGAUUGCACUGUAUGCAGUCUUCCGUAACAACAAGUAGAACAAACAAUUCUCCAUGUGUCAACAAUGUGUUUAUUGCAAAAGUAGCUUACAUUCUGUCGUCCAUUUAGCUAUAAUUAUAAUACUUUUACAGGCGCAUGGCUUUAGAUUCAUGCGGCGCUUGCGCGCGCGCGAUUUUGUGUUUUGGGGGGUGGGGCUGUCGAGUGCUGCAAACUAUUACAGUGCAGUGCAGUGCAGUGCAGUGACCGAGAAUAGAACUCUACCGACUUUUGUAGGCCAGUCUCGUAGUCAGGAUGUUCUCUGCUACCUUUCAUCAGCUACUUCUAGUGGCCGUGGUUAUGGUAGGGACAAGCUACAGUCAGCAGCACUACUGCUCGUAUCCUAGUAGUACCGAGCUGGAGAGUGUGAUUGCCGCCAUCAUCGCCUCAGGAGAUGCUGCAGCUGAACCCACGAUAACUCUGCUGGAUUUCAACCCCGUCUGUCGUUCAUUCACUGACCGACAAGACCUCCUACGUGGAGUGUCAGUCGUGGUGCAGUACACUUGCUCUGGUCACUCCAACUGCCGAUCAGGAACUGUAGUGGAGCAGAUUGAGUCUGGUUGUGAAAGGGGAAAGUGGAGCAUUAGAGUAGAAGGCUCUACUUCUUUCACUCGUUCAGAAUCCACUGAAGCCAGUCUUUCUACCACUGCCAGAGAAGACUGUUCAGCUUGUGUGUCUCCAGAACUAGCAAGCAGUCUGGGUGUCACGACUGAUAGCGUAACUCACUGUGUAGCCUGUAACUCAACAUGUGAUCAAGGUCUCAUGAGAUGCUUUGGAUUUGGUGCCAGUGACUGCUGCAACUUCUACAACAACUCAGUGUGUGUGGAGCAGUGUCCCAGUCCUUUCAUGUCCAACUCUGACAGUAUAUGUGUCUGUCCAGAGGGUAAAACUGGCCACAACUGCGAAGAUGAUAUUGUCUGUGAAGAAUUGGAAACGACUAAUGCCAUGGUUGGAUACACCAACACAACGAUGAUUAACUCAGUGGCCAUUUACUCCUGUGAUGAUGGCUACAGUCUAGUUGGAGACGCCAGCAGAACGUGUUUAGAAACUGGUCUGUGGUCUGGUACUGCUCCUACAUGUAACAUUGACUGCGGAGCUCUUGAAAAACCAGUCAGUGGAAGUGUUUCAUUUUCAAACGGGACAGUAAUGGGAUCUCUGGCUACCUACUCCUGCGAUGCUGGCUAUGCCGUACAGGGAAAUACCACCAGGACGUGCCUGGCUAGUGGAAGCUGGUCCGCAACUGCCCCAACAUGCGAAAAAGCUUGUGAAGUGACUGACUGUUACUCUUGUGAGUCAGAUGUUAUAAAAUGCGAUGCAUGCAGUGGUGGAAAAGCCUACGAUGAGAAAAGUGGCAACUGUGCAAGUAUUGAGUGUAUGGAGUGUGAUGAUUGUGACGGACUCUUGGGUGGAUUGAUUGCUGUUGCUGCAGUUCUUCUGAUUGUCCUUGUGGCUGUGGCAGUUACAAUUUCACUUUGCAUUUUGGGGAAGAAAAAAGUAGGGGAAAAUGCAGUUCGGCCAUCGGAAACAGUUGUAGAUGAGAAACUCUUGCUAGGAAAAGAGUAGAACUUUUUACCUGCGAUUUCUAUACGGAGACUGCGCAUGCGCAGACUUUGACGUUUGGCCUUCACCUUUGCCCCCCCGAUCGCGAUCGCAGCCGGCGAGACACUCGUCCAUUUUAAGAUGUUGGCAGCAAGGAGAGUCCUCUGUGGCUAUGCAAGACGUGUCCCCGUGCUCAGGAGACCGUCUGCCAGGGCUUGGUCUACGGGGGCACGCGAGGUAGCAGCUGCCGCGGUCUUCAUAACAAGUCCGCUCCGCCCCUCGCGAGCGUCUCUCUCUCUUCUUCACCGCCAACUGCGUGCACCCUCGACGUUUCUCAGACGAGGAUAUGUAGAUCUGCCGGCCCAUCGACUGGUGAAGCUGCCGGCCCUAUCUCCCACGAUGGAGACUGGUAUGAUAGUGAGCUGGGAGAAAGAGGUCGGAGAUGAGCUAGCUGAGGGAGACAUCCUGGCCCAAGUGGAGACCGACAAGGCUACGAUGGACAUGGAGACACCAGCAGAAGGAUUCCUGGCCAAGAUCCUAGUUGAACCUGGGGUUAAAGACCUUCCUCUCGGGAAACCACUGUGUGUGAUAGUGGAGGAGGAAGGAGAUGUGGGAUCAUUCGGUAAUUACCAGCCACCAGAAGAAGGUCCAUCCGCUCCACAAACAGAGCCACCAGCUCCACAACCUGAAGCCCCUCCCCCCCUCUCCUCCUCCUCCUCCUCCCCCUCCUCCUCCUCCCUCACAACCAGCAGUUUCAUUGGGCGGUAGUGGAGACAGGAUAAGAGCCAGUCCUUUUGCCAAGAACCUGGCCAGUCAGAGAGGAGUCAGCCUUCAGGAUAUCCAGGGAACGGGAAUGGACGGCAGGAUUGUCUCCAGGGACAUCCUCGGAGCCACACCCACUGACACACCCACCAUGAUCGCUCCGGGUGCAGAGUUCACCGACAUUGAUCUCACCAACAUGAGAAAGACGAUAGCCAAGCGUCUGGUGGAGGCGAAGCAGUCCAUACCUCAUUACUACCUCACCAUCGAUGUACUCAUGGACGACAUUCUAGAAGUUCGUCGUAGUCUGAACGAGAGAGGAAGAGGAGAGUACAAACUCUCCGUCAAUGACUUUGUGGUGAAGGCAGCUGCUCUGGCCAUGUCCGACGUACCCGAGGUCAACUCCAGCUGGAUGGACACUUUCAUUCGACAAUACCAUACGGUUGAUGUUAGUGUUGCUGUGGCAACACCCGCUGGGUUAAUCACACCCAUUGUCAAGAAUGCUGAUGGAAAAGGGCUGAGGACAAUAAACCAGGAGAUAAGCCACCUGGCAGAGAGGGCCAGGGAGGGCAAACUACAACCACACGAGUUCCAAGGCGGGACGUUCACCAUUUCAAACCUGGGCAUGUUUGGAGUGCGGCAGUUCACUGCCAUCAUUAAUCCUCCUCAGUCCUGCAUAUUGGCCGUCGGAGCUACUGAGAAGAGGGUUGUGGCUGAUGAGCAAUCAGUUCAGGGCCACCGCACAGCCAGUGUCAUGAGCGUUACUCUGAGCUGCGACCACAGAGUGGUCGACGGAGCAAUCGGGGCUCAGUGGCUGUCCGCCUUCCGUACCAAACUCCAGGAACCAAACACAAUGCUACUCUGAGACUAUAUAUAACGCAUAAAACACACAGCAGUCAUGUUUACGUGUUUCUAUAAUAGCUCCUGCUCAUUAGUGCAA